AUGUCGCAGCGCGAACAAGUCGAAUUCAAGGCCCUGGACGGAGUCACCCUCCGGGGCCACUUCUACCCAGCCUCAUCGCCCGGAAAGAACGCAGCAGUGAUCAUGACUCCCGGCUUCAACACCACCCGAGAUGUCUUCCUCCCCAACAUUGCGCACUCGUUCCAAACCAGUGGCAUCUCAUGCCUGGUCUACGAUCCGCGGACUAUUGGGUCCAGCGACGGCCAGCCACGCAACAACAUCAACCCGUCCCUGCAAGUCUCCGACUACCAUGACGCCCUCACAUUCCUCAAGUCCGAUCCCCGCAUCGACCCCCAGAAAAUCAUCUACUGGGGCUUCUCGUUCGCCGGAGCCAUUGCUCUAUGUGCCGCGGCGCUGGACAAACGCGCCAAAGCGGUGAUUGCCGUCAAUCCACUCACAAUCUGGGAUCUGCCGGCGAACAAGCAGGCCAAGGUCCUGGCUAAGGCAAUGCAGGAUCGCGAGUCGCAGGUGGCUGGCAACGAAGCCUUUCGGCUGCCGAUGCUGACAGAGACCGGGGAGAAUCCGGCGGGGUUUGGUGCGGGUGGCGUUGGGGAAGAGGAGGUCAAGUUGGUGAGGGAGGCCAAAGAGAAGAUUGUCGGGUUUGAAGAUACUACAACUUUACAGACCUACUAUCAUAUCGUGAGUUGGAGUCCGUUUGAGGUGGUGCGGUUGAUGGGGAAGACUGCGGUACUCCUCAUUAGUGCGGCGGAGGAUCGUAUCUCGCCGGCCGAGCGGCAAAAGAGGGCGUAUCUGGAAGCCUUGCAGGGACUUGGUGCGAGGGAUAUAUUUGUCGUCGAGGGGAGAGGGCACAUGGACAUAUUGGAUGGCGAGAGUUUGGCGGCAGCGAUGGAGAAGCAGGUUGAGUUUAUACAGAAGGUGAUUUAA